GCUUUAACAUUCCUUUGUUUAUCAUUGUAUAUGCUAUCAGACAAGUCAGUCACGUGACAUGUGGCACAUUAACGGUAGACUGUAAUACAACCAUGACACGGCCAUGAAGGAUUAGGAUGAGUGGAUUUGGAACGUUAUCCUAAAAAACCUCUUUUUUCACACUAACAAUGCGACCAACGUUCAUUGCAUUUACGUUACGACUUUUAGUCUCGACCUUUGACCUAAUCAUCGAUUGGCUGUUGUAUUAUGAAGUGAGUGGAUUAAAACCCGGACUUGUGUUUGGUCCGUUCUCGGAUGCUGUACUGGGAUUGUUCGUCUUUUUCGGCUGUAUUGGGACUGUGAUAUAUAUUGUCGAGAUCGUUUUAAACGUUGUCGGUUUCUUUGCUGCAAAAGAUGAUCUACUUCCAAAUGGUCUCCUUAACAACGUCAACCUUGUGUCCCUGUGGAUUGAAGACGUCCCCCUCAUAAUGAUGAGUGUGUAUAUGGCGGGAUGUCGUGAUAAAGCUGUCACCGUUUUAAUGUUAGUCAAAGCUUUGUCAACUCUUCUGGAAGUUUUCGUGAAUUUGGGCAUCAUUAUCGCUGAGUACAUCCUAAACAAAAAACAUACAACGGUGAUAAAAUUUGGCGAAAAAGAAGCAGCAAAAUGGCUGAAGAUCCCCCUUGGCAUUAGUUUAUUUAUUAUGAUGAUCGGAUCAAUGUUGGUGUUUGGAUUAGGAAAUUACUACACAGGUUCUAAAAAUGUUAUACGAUUAUCAAGUCCGCUUGGUGUCAAUUCCGGAAAGUACAGUAGUCUAAACUACUUAGAUGGAUCGGGGAUAUACAUGAACUUUGACAACGGCCAAACUGACGUCAUCACCAUGGAUACGUAUGAAUGGAUCUCACUUAUUGAUUUAGAAAGCAUUAUGUCAACUAAUUCGAGUUCGUUUAUGGUUCGUGUAACGUACGACUCGAACCCGAACACGCGGCUUUGGAUCCAGUCAUCGUCUUCCAGUGAUUUAUCGUCUCCAGAAUCCUCUACCUGCUAUUCAACACAAACAUCGCCUCUAUCAAUACUUACCACGUGCUCAACUGACUUUGAGAUUACCUCUAACACUAAAUCCAUUGUGUUUAAAUUUGUGUACGAAAGUCCUAGUAACUCAAAACCACUCGGCGAUGUAUACUACAACUAUGGUAUGGCAUCCAUCGAAACCAUGAAUCCUUGCUUUUUACCUGAGGCGACGCCUGAGUUCUCACUAAGUUAUUUCAAAGCCACUUCUAACAAACACAACUCUAGUCAUCUCAUGACACUGUCAAAUGUCAGUGGACAUUACUACAAGUCUGGGAGUGACCUGCAGGAUGUGUCAGAAGCGUGGAGGACUGGUAAGUUUGGGUGUGGUCACACCGGGAGAUCAAUACCCAAACUAGAAACCUCCAUAAGUGUACCUUGCCUAGUGUGGGGUUUAACGAGAACAUUGUCUACGUCAACGUCACCAACAACGACUACUACAUUAUCCAAAACUACAACUAGUGUUGUAAACAAUUCAACACACACAGUAAAUACAACCAGCACAACUCCUGUCACAGUUAAUACAACCAGCACAACUCCUGUCACAGUUAAUACAACCAGCACAACUCCUGUCACAGUAAAUACAACCAGCACAACUCCUGUCACUGUGAAUACAACCAGCACAACUCCUGUCACAGUUAAUACAACGAGUACAACUCCUGUCACAGUAAAUACAACCAGCACAACUCCUGUCACAGUUAAUACAACCAACACAACUCCUGUCACAGUGAAUACAACGAGUACAACUCCUGUCACUGUGAAUACAACCAGCACAACUCCUGUCACAGUAAAUACAACCAGCACAACUCCUGUCACAGUGAAUACAACGAGUACAACUCCUGUCACUGUGAAUACAACCAGCACAACUCCUGUCACUGUGGAUACAACGAGCACAACUCCUGUCACAGUGAAUGCAACCAGCACAACUCCUGUCACAGUGAAUGCAACCAGCACAACUCCUGUCACUGUCAAUACAACCAGCACAACUCCUGCCAUAGUUAAUACAACCAGUACAACUCCUGUCACUGUGAAUACAACCAGUACAACUCCUGUCAUAGUAAAUACAACCAGCACAACUCCUGUCACAGUUAAUACAACCAACACAACUCCUGUCACUGUCAAUACAACCAGCACAACUCCUGUCACAGUUAAUACAACCAACACAACUCCUGUCACAGUUAAUACAACCAGCACAACUCCUGUCACAGUUAAUACAACCAGUACAACUCCUGUCACUGUGAAUACAUCUACAUCUGCCACUACUUCAACUACAACUCCUACAGCUACAACUACCACUUCAACUACAACUACAACUCCUACAGAUACAACUCCCACUUCAACUACAACUACAACUCCUACAGAUACAACUCCCACUUCAACUACAACUCCUACAACUACACCUACCACUACAACUACAACUCCUACAGCUACACCUACCACUACAACUACAACUCCUACAGGUACACCUCCCACUUCAACUACAACUCUUACAACUACACCUCCCACUUCUACAACUACACCAACAGCUCCUACAACUACCACUUCACCUACAACAACCACUACAACUACAACUGCACCUACAACUUCUACAACUUCGCCUACAACUCCUACAACUUCAGUUGCAUCUGGAUAAAUCACGCCUUUUAUCACGUGUCACUUCAAUUACGUUCAUCUUAACAACUACAGAAUUAUGACUAAAACAUCAUACUAUUUCUUCAUGCUAGACAAGAAAUAGGAAGUGAACUGUACGUCAUUGAUUAGUGAGAUCACAAACACGUUACACGCCUUACUAUGAUUACGUCAUCACUAGGCAGCAUUACCAUACCCCAAUCCAGUGAGUCAUCAAAUCUGGUGCCCAAUUGAGAAUGGCGCGAAAUAUACCGACCGGAGAGUGUGGUAGAAAGAAACUGCUUAUCAACCAAUCAAAAUCUUUGUGAUAAACUUAACCUCAUAUCACCCAAUCAAAAUCUUUGUGAUAAACUUAACCUCAUAUCACCCAAUAAAAAUAUUUGUGAUAAACGAAACCUCAUAUCACCCCAUCAAAAUCUUUGUGAUAAACUAAACCUCAUAUCACCCAAUCAAAAUAUUUGUGAUAAACUAAACCUCAUAUCACCCAAUCAAAAUAUUUGUGAUGAACUAAACCUCAUAUCACCCAAUCAAAAUCUUUGUGAUUAACUUUAAAAGAUCUUAGCAUCAAGUUGAGAGGACCAAUCUGCAUCAUACCUUGGCGAUAAAUUAUCCAUUUAUCGUACUAAGGGCGCGUUAAACCGCAGUAAUAACCAGUACAGUUUCAUAUUGAUUACAUUUGUUCAUCAUCUUAAUUAAUAGACAAUACAUUUAUCGUAAAUAUUAAUGACUGAGUGUUAAUUAUUUGACAUGUUGGUGGCGCUGUCAUUGUUGCAGAAUGAGGGAACCGGUAUGAUAUGUAUCCUGGUAUAAUUAAGUUAAUUCCUGUAUAGGUCAGUUUUACUGAAGAAAUCAUCAUCAUUUGGCUGUUGUUUGUGUGUCAGACAUUUCUCAACAAAUUAAUUUGAAACUGUUUGCAAUUAGAAUUUCAUGAUUAAAAUGUAUUUAACUUU